UAUUAUGCUGGCCUCAGACGUGACCUUCAAUGCUCCAUUGAUUCAUUAUACAUACACAAUGAUCCUACAGUCACUGUCAGCAUUGAUAUACUAUUCAAUGGGACAAUUGUUCCUUCUGGACUUUCUUCUAAUGGGAGGAAAAACCUACAAGAGUUAUCAAGUAAUCCUAGUGCAGGGCAGUAUCGAAAGACUUUACAAUUUCAAUAUUUUGUGUCUUCUGAGGAUUCUGGUAUAUACACUUGCAUGGUCAACGUGUCGUCUAAUUAUGUAUCAAGUUAUAUUGUCAAUGCUUCUAUUAGCAGGACCAAUGAAUAUGACAUUGUUGCUCCUAAACCAGCAGUAGUAUUAAACUCCACAAGAUACCACCUUCCUAAUCAUCCUUCAUUCAACACAGCUACACUGAUGUGUACUGCAACCUUGCAACUGAUGACCUUUGACUUUCUAGUGUUCUCUAAAGUACUUACAUGGUCUGGCCCUUCAGUAUCAGGUGCUACUCCAGCUACUAAUCCAACUGGUGCUGUCAGUCAGAGCUCCCUACAACAGACCUAUACCACAGCUGGUAGUUAUAAUUAUUCAUGUACUGUAUCAGUGAGUGUACCUGGUGAUCCUAUUGCUAGUACUACUGAUGCUAUUAGUAUAAUAGUGACUG